CGCCAGUUCGCUUUCGGUUUCCCCGAAGACGUGAGCAGGAGGGACUCGGAAGGGACAGAACUGGGGGUGGCCGAAGGCAGCCCGAGGAGGGAUAGAAUGCGCUCCCCAGCCCUUCAGCCCCUGGGGAAAGGCUAGCCCGCCCUACAGGGCAAGGCGGAAGCCCAGAGAAUCUAUCCCGAGGCUGAGCAGCGAUGGAGCUCUUGGGGACGCUGUAUGACACCCCUGCGGACAGGCUGUCUGCCUUCGUGGAGGAGCGCCUUCAGCCCGAGGGCGACUGGAAGGAGGAAGUGAAGGACGCCUGGCAGAGAAUUGAGCGUUUCUUCCGGGAACAGUGCUUCCGCGAUGAGCUGGUGCUGGACCAGGAAGUCCGGGUGCUGAAGGUGGUGAAGGGCGGCUCUUCUGGGAAGGGGACGACCUUGAACUACCGCUCCGAUGUGGACUUGGUCUUGUUCUUGAGCUGCUUCCCCAGCUUCCAAGACCAGGCAGAGCACCGUGGAUCGGUCAUCAGCUUCAUCGAGAAGAGACUGACUGAGUGCAGUAGGAGCCUGGCCUACAGCAUCACCGUGAUCCCGCGGAAAGAGACGACCAGGGUCCCCCGCUCCCUGUCCUUCGAGGUCCAGCCCACGAGGGACAGUGAAGCCAUUGGAGUGGAUGUGCUCCCAGCCUACGAUGCUCUGAGACAUUUUUGCCCCGACUCUAAACCAUCACCGGAAAUCUAUGAAGAUUUAAUAACGAGUGGUGCCCCCCCUGGGGAGUUCUCACCGAGCUUCACGGAGUUGCAGAGGCAUUUUGUGAAAAGUCGUCCUGUUAAGCUAAAAAACCUCCUGCGGCUGGUGAAGUACUGGUACCUCAAGCACUUGAAACCUAAAUAUCAAAACGCAGCAUUGCCCCCCAAAUAUGCAUUGGAGCUACUGACCAUCUACACGUGGGAAAUAGGAACAGACAAAAGCGACAACUUCAACCUGGAUGAAGGGUUUAGAGCUGUGAUGGAACUCCUCAUAGAAUAUGAAAACAUCUGCAUAUAUUGGACCAAGUACUAUGAUUUCCAAAAUGAGACCGUCAGAAUCUAUAUCAAACAGCAGUUGAAGGAAUGCAGGCCAGUUAUCCUGGACCCAGCUGAUCCUACCAACAACCUGGGAAGUAAAAAGAGAUGGGACCUGGUGGCCAGAGAGGCUGUUCGCUGCCUGAGGCAGGCCUGUUGCAGGACUGAAGACUCCAGCCAGGGCUGGAACGUACAGCCGGCAAGGGAUGUCCAGGUGACAGUGAAAAAGACAGGAGAGGAGGCCUGGACACUCUCCGUGAACCCCUACAGUCCUAUCUGGAAGAUGAAAGCAGAAAUCAGGAGGACAUGGGGCUUCAGCGGGCAGCAGCGUCUCUCCUUCCAGGAGCCGGGAGGGGAGCGGCGACUGCUCGGCAGCCAGCAGACACUAGCAUAUUAUGGGAUCUUCUCCAAGGUGAGCAUCCGGGUACUGGAGACCUUCCCUCCCGAGAUCCAGGUCUUCGUGAAGGACUCAGGCGGCCAGAGCAAACCUUAUGCCGUGUACCCUGAGGACUUCAUCUAUGUCUUAAAAGAGAAGAUUGAGGAAGCGGGAGGACCUUACGUAGAGGACCAGAUACUAACGUUCCAGAAUCGGGUACUAUGGAAUUACCACAGACUCUCAGACCUUCAGAUCAAAGACUGUGACACCAUCAUACUCACUAGAAGCUGAGUAAGGAAAGGGUUAAGGUAUAGGCAGGGAGAGAUGGGGGGUCCCUGGCUAGGCUCUGAGACUAUUCCUGGCAGGCAGAAGCACUAAGACGGCGUGAACAAGAGAUACGGGAACAGACCACCCAGUCCACAGUGUUUUUCUUCGGCGACUACAACGUAUCACAGAAAAUGACCAAACCUCAAAGAAGUAAGUCAUUAAGGGUAUUAUCCAUAGUCUAUGCUCAAACCAGGACGGCACAAGAAACUCAAGGCCAUACGUUUCCCGGUCAGUUCUCAAUAAAAGAGCAGCCUGCAAGCCCUUAGUGGCAACCCCAUGGAGACCCCUCUCACUCCUGAGACCUUUUUCUGUACCCUUGCUUAAUAAAACUCUAUUGCUUUUCCUCA